AUGCAGAACAGUUCUGAACUUCUCUACCACAUCAUCUUGACCGUCAUCGACUUUCACCUCGAACCAUCGGGAUCCCAACGAGCUAUCUACAUUCUUGGCACACGAGCGACGAUCGAAGCCGCCAAAGACUCGGCCUUCAAGGUCCUCCAUACGCUGAGAUACAAGCCUGAUGACUUUGUCGAAUACGCCGUCCAUUCACGCCAUGUCGGAACCUGGGAUCACGGCGACGGUGUUCUCAUCUACGCCAAAGCUCCCGCAGGCCAGGUAUUCCUUGUCUCUAUCCAGGUAACGCCUAACACCGAACUGCUCCAAGCCGAUCGGGACGGUGCCAUUCUGCUACCCCAUGGAGUACCUUCGCUUCACUACGUGACGCAGACCGUCAUCGACUACAACAAAGACCGGACCGGCUGCGUGCAGCAGAUGCAGAUAGAGGGGACAUUUGUUCACCGUGCUGAUGCGAGAAAAGCAGCACAGAAGCUGCUUGACCCUCUUGACUAUGUAGAGUAUGACACGCCGGACAAAAUGAAGGGGGAGUGGCCAUAUGGGGAGGACAUCCUUAUUCACGCAGUCGCGGAGACUGGAGAGAAUACCACUAUUGAGAUCAAGACUGUUGUUGAUACGCAUCACAAGCAUGGAAAAGAUAUUUAA